AUGUCGGCUUCACUCUUCCGAAGACAGGCAUUGGGCACCGCCCGCUGCUUCAGCACCUCUCAACGUCGCUAUGCGGCCGAGGUGAAGAGCCUUGGUGUCAUUGGCGCUGGGCAGAUGGGUCUGGGUAUAGCUCUCGUCGCUGCGCGCGCCGCACAGGUUCCAGUGCAUCUGAUUGACAACUCGGAGGCGUCUAUCCAAAAGGCCCUUGCCUUUGCCAAGAAGCUCCUCGACAAGGAUGUUACCAAGCAAAAGCUCACGCAGGAGCAGGCUGACAAGGCACGCUCCCUGUUGGCGGCCAGCACAGAGAUGGACGACCUGAGCUCGGUCGACUUUGUCAUUGAAGCGGUGCCGGAGCUUCCCCCGCUCAAGUUCGACAUCUUCCGCCGGCUGGCGCAGAUCUGCCCGAAGCAUGCUAUUCUUGCUACGAACACGUCCUCCAUCUCCAUCACGAAGAUUGCAGCUGCGACGACCGACGACCCCACCGACACGUCAGCUUCCUCGCGCGUUGUCUCGACGCACUUUAUGAACCCGGUGCCGGUGCAGAAGGGCGUGGAGAUCAUCAGCGGUCUGCAAACGAGCAAGGAGACGCUCGAGACUGCCGUGGAAUUCUGCAAGAAGAUGGGCAAGAUCACCAGUGUCUCAGCUGAUGCCCCCGGAUUCCUGGCGAACCGCAUCCUGAUGCCGUACAUCAACGAGGCUGUCAUCUGCCUCGAGACGGGCGUCGGUGACCGUGACUCGAUCGACGCCAUCAUGAAGAACGGCACCAACGUCCCCAUGGGCCCUCUUCAGCUCGCCGACUUUAUCGGUCUGGACACUUGCCUCUCCAUCAUGAAAGUGCUGCACGGGGAGACAGGUGACUCCAAGUAUCGGCCAAGCGUUCUGCUGGGCAAGAUGGUUGAUGCUGGAUGGUUGGGCAAGAAGAGCGGCAAGGGCUUCUACGAAUACUGA